ACAAGUAUGAAAUGUGAGGGAAAAGCAAACAGAAGACAAAAGGCAGAGCCAACCAAAAUUAGUGAGGCAAAACUAGGUUUGCAUAAUACAUUUAUGCAAAAAGAAAGAGCCUAUUAUGUGUUGCAAGAGGAUUAGGGGAAGUGAUUGCUGAAGUCAGAGAAUAAAGCUUUGCAAGGUCAGCUCCAGGAUCAGUUAGUGAUCAAAACCUGAGUGUAUGUAGCUCAAAGCAACCACAAACACCACCUUCCACUCUAAAUGUGUCUGGCUUGUUUCUGAAGCACUGAGAUGAUCCUGCUGGGCUACAGUGUUCUGCUCCUGUUCUGGACAUGUUGUUCUGCCCAAAAUGAGUGUAAAACCCCACCUCCUAGAAGAAGAAAAGAAGUACUCACAGAAACAUGGAAUAAGGCAUCUUACCCACAUGGUACUCGAGCAACUUAUGUGUGUCGACCUGGGUAUAUAAAACUUGGGCGUGUUAUAUUCCAGUGUAAUAACGGAAUAUGGGAACAUGCCCCACCAUAUACAGAAUGCCAAAACAAGCCCUGUGGCCAUCCUGGAGAUAUUCCGUUUGGCUCCUUUGACCUUACAGAAGGAACUGAAUUUGUAUUUGGUGCUCGUGUUGAGUACAAAUGUAAUGAUGGGUACCGGAUGCUAAGUCAAAGACAUGUCCGUGAGUGUCUGGCAGAUGGGUGGAGCAACGAUUUGCCUCACUGUGAAGGGUCUGUAUUAAAAGGGUAA